CCUGAAGAAAUGAAUGUCAACAAAUCUGAGGAGCACUUUCAUGCUAUAAACCAUGCAGCGCAAACUCUCCACAGAAUGGAGAACUACCUGAAAGAGAAACAACUGUGUGAUGUACUACUUAUUGCUGGACACCUCCGAAUUCCAGCCCAUAGGUUGGUUCUCAGCGCAGUGUCUGAUUACUUUGCUGCAAUGUUUACUAAUGAUGUGCUUGAAGCCAAACAAGAAGAGGUCAGGAUGGAAGGAGUUGAUCCUAAUGCACUUAAUUCCUUGGUGCAGUAUGCUUACACAGGUGUCCUGCAGUUAAAAGAAGAUACUAUUGAAAAUUUGCUGGCUGCAGCUUGUCUCUUGCAAUUGACUCAAGUCAUUGAAGUCUGCUCCAAUUUUCUCAUAAAGCAUCUCCAUCCUUCAAACUGCUUAGGAAUUCGAUCAUUUGGUGAUGCCCAGGGCUGUACAGAGCUCCUGAGUGUGGCACAUAAAUACACAAUGGAACACUUCAUUGAGGUAAUAAAGAACCAAGAAUUCCUCCUGCUUCCAGCUAAUGAAAUUUCAAAACUUCUGUGCAGUGAUGACAUUAAUGUCCCUGAUGAAGAAACAAUUUUCCACGCUUUAAUGCAGUGGGUGGGAUACGAUGUGCAGGCUAGGCAACAAUACCUAGCAAUGUUGCUUUCUUAUAUCAGACUGCCAUUACUUCCACCACAGUUACUGGUGGAUCUUGAAAAUAGCUCCAUGUUUACUGGUAAUCUUGAGUGUCAGAAGCUCCUAAUGGAAGCUAUGAAGUACCAUCUCUUACCUGAGAGAAGACCUAUGAUGCAAAGCCCUCGGACAAAGCCUAGAAAAUCAACUGUGGGGGCACUUUAUGCUGUGGGAGGCAUGGAUGCUGUGAAAGGUACCACUACAAUUGAAAAAUAUGAUCUCAGAACCAACAGCUGGCUACAUAUUGGCACCAUGAAUGGCCGUAGGCUUCAGUUUGGAGUUGCAGUUAUUGAUAAUAAGCUCUAUGUCGUGGGAGGAAGAGAUGGUUUAAAAACUUUGAAUACUGUGGAAUGUUUUAAUCCAGUUAGCAAAAUCUGGACUGUGAUGCCUCCCAUGUCAACACAUAGGCAUGGCUUAGGUGUAGCCACACUUGAAGGACCAAUGUAUGCUGUUGGUGGUCAUGAUGGAUGGAGUUAUCUAAAUACUGUAGAAAGAUGGGACCCUGAGGGACAUCAGUGGAAUUAUGUGGCCAGUAUGUCAACUCCUAGAAGCACAGUUGGUGUUGCUGCCUUAAACAAUAAGCUAUAUGCUAUCGGUGGUCGUGAUGGAAGUUCCUGCCUCAAAUCAAUGGAAUACUUUGAUCCACACACUAACAAGUGGAGUCUGUGUGCUUCAAUGUCAAAAAGACGUGGAGGUGUGGGAGUUGCAGCAUACAAUGGAUUCUUAUAUGUUGCUGGAGGUCAUGAUGCCCCUGCUUCUAGCCAUUGUUCCAAGCUUUCUGGCUGUGUGGAACGGUAUGAUCCAAAAAAUGAUUCAUGGUCAACUGUGGCACCUCUGAAUGUUCCCCGAGAUGCUGUUGCUGUAUGUCCCCUUGGAGAUAAACUCUAUGUGGUUGGAGGAUAUGAUGGACAUACUUAUUUGAACACUGUUGAGUCAUAUGAUGCACAGAAAGAUGAAUGGCAAGAGGAAGUUCCUGUCAACAUUGGAAGAGCUGGAGCAUGUGUUGUGGUGGUGAAGCUGCCAUAAAGCUAUCUUUAUCAAUAGGAGGGAAACUGGACAUUUCACGAAAUGGAUUAGGAGGAAGAGAAGAAGG